AUGGCUUUGAAAACGGCAUGCAGCAGGUCAGUGAUGUCAACCAAACGAAAUCAUAUGUUUACUUUGUGGAAGACCUGGCGAUUAUGUUCAACAAAUGACACAAUUCCAACUAGUCAAGUGAAAGCAUCAAGGAAACGAUGGAGAAAAAGUAAGAAGAAACAUCCUUUUACUGAUCAUCUGUCCUGGGAAGAGAGGCUUGCUGAUGUGGUGACCCCUCUGUGGAGGCUGAGCUAUGAGGAGCAACUUGAGCUCAAGCAAAAGCACCAGGAAAGGAUAUUAUUUCAGCUCACAGAGCAUCUUUCUGGUGACUUACAAUCCCAUUCCUCAUCACUUGCUGUAGGAAAACCCAGCUUCCCUGUUCUUCCUAUUCUGCCCUCUCCAAAAACAGAUGGCUACCGCAACAAGUCCACAUUUUCUGUCAACAGAGGAGUCGAUGGAAACCCCAAAACAGUUGGGUUUUAUGUGGGCACCGGCAGGGAGAGAAAUAUUGUUUGCGUCAACGGAGACCACCUGCUUAACAUGCCAGAGAAGCACAAAUUGGUCGCCAGAUGCUAUCAGGAGUUCAUCCGCCUCUCCCCACUGGAGCCCUGCCUGCUGUUCCACACGGGGGGUCACUGGAGAGAAGUCACCAUACGGACCAAUGCAGCGGGACACACAAUGGCAAUAGUCUACUUUCACCCACAGGCGCUCACUCAAGAAGAGUUGGCUGUCCACAAGACUGAGCUGGUCCAUUAUUUCACGCAGGGUCCCGGAGCAGUCUGUGAGCUAGACUCAUUGCUCUUCCAGGAAAGCUCCAUGACGCGCUGCACCCACGAGGAAUCCCCCUACCAGCUACUGCACGGUCAGCCGCACAUACAUGAAGAGGUGCUGGGCUUCAAGUUUCGCAUCUCUGCGGAUGCGUUUUUCCAGGUGAACCAGCCGGCUGCUGAGGUGCUGUAUGGGACAGUAAGAGACCUGUGUGUCCCAAAGACCGAUGAGGAAGGGAAACCUGCCAAACCUAGUGGUACUCUUCUGGAUGUUUGCUGUGGCACAGGAGCGAUUGGCAUCACUGCAUCUCCCAGAGUGGACAGAAUUAUCGGCAUAGAGCUCAUAGAACAGGCUGUGGAAGAUGCUAUACACAACGCCUCUCUUAAUAACCUCCUGAACUGUCAGUUUAUCCCCGGAAAAGCAGAGGUGGUGCUUCCUGGCCUCAUGUCUCAGCUGAACUCCGCAGCUGAAGGCCUCACAGCCGUGGUAAACCCAGCUCGAGCUGGCCUUCACCACAAAGUUGUGCGAGCUUUACGAAAUCAACCCGCUAUCCGCAGGCUGGUCUUUGUUUCCUGUAAACCAGAUGGGGAGGCUAUGAGGAACUUCAAAGAGUUUUGCUGUGCUCCCGACCCACAGAAGAAACUCACAGGAGAGCCUUUUUCUCCCACUCUGGCUGUGCCCGUGGAUAUGUUCCCACAUACUCCUCAUUGUGAACUGGUGCUACUUUUUGAGAGGUAG